AAUUUCCCCUUUAAAAAGGGUUGGGCAUUGUGAAAUCUACGAGCAAAGGUGAAUGCUAGAAAGUGAAAUUGAAAGCAACAAACCUGUUUUAGCUGUGAAAAGAAGGGCAGAAAUGCAUAUUCUUUAAAGAAUACAUAGACUGAAAAUUGCCAUAAGGCUCAUAUUAUGAAUCAUUUUUUCAUGACCUUGAACCUUCAGGAUUGCCAGAAUGAUCAUCUGAAGCACUGCAAGGGAACUCUUAUAUGUCAGAAAUAGUUAAUCAAAGCAAGAGACAAGCAAUGGAGAUACACAAUCUUCCUACAUCAAAAGGAGGAUCUCCUGAUCAGUCAGAUGAUGGCAGCCUCCAACAAAGUGAUCAAUGGGAAACGCCAAACAAUAAAGGCAUCCAGAAAAAAUCCAGCUUUUUGGAAACAGUUGGAAGUAUGAGAAAAAGUAUAAGGAGGUCAAGGGGACAAUCUGCAAGAGAUGAUAGCUCGCCAGAAAAGAAAGAGACUGCCAAUGGUUCUAAAAGUAUAAGCUUUAAAAAGAAAAUUAAUUUCCGAAAAACAAAGAAAAGUGACAAUGAAAAUGAAAUCCCAGAAGAAAGUACAGAAAAUGUCAUCACAAGAAGAGAAAUUCUUUCAGUGAUGGAAAUACAUGAUCUUAUAAAAGGAAGUAAUCUAAAGGAUGCAUUUGACAGCACACGAGCAAUGGAAGAAAACCUUCUAGAAGAUUAUAACUCUUCUAAUAACAAUGAAAAAAAUAGACUGGAUAUCACCAGAAGAGCCAAGGAUAUAAACAUUUUGUAUAAAAAACUUUUCACAGAGAUACAGUCCAUUGUCAAGCGUUCGCUGCAUGAGGAGGACAUUGAUGAGCAGAUUUUAGCCUCCGCAAUUUAUAUUAUUAAAGAAGAAGAUGAAGGGGAUCUCACAAACCAGCAAGCGACUGGAGAAAAUCCAGACAUUCCACAAAUUGGCCAGCGAAGACAAUGGAAACAAUUAUGGAAGGACACCAUAAAGGAGUCAGUGACUGAAAGAAUUGGUGCAUUGCCUGUGAAUGAAGCCGACAAUUCCCCUUGGCUUGCUAAUCACUUAGAGUCAUUAAAAACACAAACUGUUCUGGACUUAAUCAAAGUAAAAUCAUUUCUAAAGCCUCUUUACCCUGAGGAUUAUGAUGUGUGUGGAAUUUACAUUAGAUAUUUCCACAAUGCUUUAUCUUGUCACUUGCAAAAGACCGUUGUGCCAAAAUGCAAAGAAUGCAGCCAGCUGUACUCCUUGCUAAACUGGGUUCUAAAUACAUACACAAGUGAGGAUUUUAUGGCUAAUCCUGAACUUCAGCCAGAAGUUAAUAAUGCCAACCUACACUGUUUGCUAGAAAGUGAUUGUCUCCAUGAAUUAAAGGAUAAAUACAACAAAGAGCUGAAGAAUACUAUAAAGUUGUAUAUGACCAACAUACUGAAGUUGGAAACCGACAAAUGGCAGAAAGAAAUGGAAACCGAUGAAGAAAUAUUAAAGAGUAAUUGCCUACCAAUCUAUAUAGAUAUUGAGGAGAUGACUGGAAGACACGUCCGAGAAUCGGCCAAACUUUCAGAAGAUUUGGAAACCUUGGCAUUUCAUGCUUGCAUGACAGAACUGGGUUCUUUGGCUUUAAAUCUGCAAGACGCAUUCACUCAGCAUCACACCACCAAGAGGUCUGAAGUUAGAAUCACUGAAUUAUUCCUUCAAAACCUGGUCAUCUACAUAAACAGCUUUAUUAAAUUAAGGCAGAGCACUAUGCAGUCAGAUGCAGAACCCUGUAAAGAAGCAGAAGACAGGCUGACUAAAGCUAUCAACAAUUUGACAAAGCUUUUCUUCAGUUUAUUCAGUAAGGAGAAUCAGCCGCAUUUUCAGAAGCUUCUAACUAAAAAGUGGAUUAAAAAUGAUACUGCAUUCAAUGCAAUUAUGAAAUCAGCUGAAAACCUGCAUGAGAGCCUGAUAUAUUUAGCUCAACCUUCUCACAAGGAGUUUUUAAAUGGCAUUCAUAAGCACCUUGUUAAAGAAUACCUAACGCAGGUUAUGAAGAGAAAGUUAAGACUAAAUCAUCUGAACCGUAAAAAAGCAUCUGAUAAAAUGAGCCAGGAGAGUGAGGCACUUGAGAAUAUUGCAGAAAAGCUGGGAUCAGACCAAGACUGGUUGUUUCCUGCAGUUCAGUACAUAUCUGAUAUCAUUGGUUUGAGAAAAAAAGAAGACAUUUCAAAGAAGAUUGAAAUGUUAUUCAAAACAUAUCCAGAUUUUGGAGAGGAACAUGUUUCAGCCAUUUUGUAUCUUCAAGGAAUGAGAAGAAGCAAGAAUCUAUCAGUGCAGCACUUCUUUAAAGAACUACAGGCAAAAGAGCCUCAGAAGGCACCACACAUGCUCUUUGCAGAGAUUGAUUGUCCUACACAAACUUUCUGCAUGCCACUUAUGAUCUAAAUACCAUUGGGAUCACAUGAGUUGCUCACAGUCACAAGUCAUGCUUCGUAACCUCAUAGAUUAUAUAUCAUGCUGGUAGAGUUUGGUUUCCAGCACGAAAUAUGCAGGAAAUACACAAGGGAGUGAAAGAAUAAUGCAAAAUCAAUAUUCAUGGAUAUCGUACAAGGAAAUAUGGUCCUUAUUGUUAAUAGGCUGCUAUUAGAAAUAAUACAUGAUACUGUAUUGUAGAUUAUAUAUUGAAUAUCUGGCACUGUAAACAAACCUAAUAAAAAGUUUAGCCAGAACAUAUUUAGAGUUUAACACUGCAAUAUAAUAUUUUCUUGCAGGCACUGUAAUAUUUAAAAUCAAGCACUGGUGCUCACCAUGCCUGAAAACUCCUCCAAGUUAAAGUCCACUACAGUGCAAAAAAAGAUAAAGGCAAUAGAUCCCUGCACUUGAGUCUACACAGGUCCUGCACUUGAGUCUACACAGGUCCUGCACUUGAGUCUACACAGGUCCUGCACAGACCCACAACUAUGAUUUUUACCCACUUAGACCAGUUACCCGAUCCAACCAGCGACUGCUGCAACUCGACAUACUAAGCAUUGGUUACCAUGGGAUGCAAGUGAUAUCAUUUCAAACUGUGAGAGUCAGAGAAAGACAAAGGAGCUGACAAAAGGAGUAAGAUUUGCUUGAGACCCAGAACCCAAACCAUAUAUUUGCUUUCCCCAUAACUGCCUCCACAAGUCCUACCUGCAAAAUACUUGCUUUUUCUUGGACAACCUCCAGGUACCCAACUGUGCAUUCUAUUAUCUGUGUCAAGAAAAACCACACAAUCUCCCGUGGAAGACCCCUUUGUUGGAGAUGUUGGAGUUUAACCACAAUACAGAAACGAUAAAAGACAAUAGCUGUUGACUACCAUAAAACAGUGACAACACAACUUCUUUUGAGAGCAGAAAAUACAGUAGUUUAAAUGGCAUUACCUCUUCAGCUGGAGGAUUUCAUAGGUUUUUUUUCACACUCUCUCUUUGAUAUAAAUGAGUACUGCAACCAUACUCAUUGGUUCACAUCAUUUACACAUUCAAUUAAAUUUACAUAAUGUUUACUUCAUAUUAUGUUCCUUACGUAUAUGUUUUUAUCACAGUUUUGACCUCUGUAGUCAACAAUGGGUAUUGUAAAUAGCAACCAGGCAUUUGCUUGCAAACAUGAGGACACUUGCUAUGAGUUUUUAGGCCAGGAGAAAUGCUUGCACCUGAUAUCACAUUCAACCCAAAAUGAUAUUUUCUUCCUCUGUCACUUCUUGGUUCUAUGACAUUCUCUGUUGCAUGCCAGUGAUGGUCCAAGAAAAUAAGGCAUUGUAUAAUUAUGAAACAUACUUGACAUGAAAUUGUCCUUCUUUAUGGACAUGGAGUAGUACUCGUGUACAUGGCAUGCUGCUGUUUUUUUUUUUUUUAAAGUGGUACUAACACUAACUAAAGUGACCCUGCUGCACCACAGGUUCUGGGUUCACUUAAACCCUAUAGUAUAAUAAGUCAUGUUGUUCAGUGCUGCACUGGCCAAAGCAGAGGAGAUAUGGUGGUUGGAUCCUGACAGAAGAAUUUGAAACCUUCAUUGACUGUACCACUAGUCCUAGAGAGUUUAAGUGACAAAGUUACCCCAGUCCCGUUGGUUCUGGGGGAUAAACUGAUGCCAAGGGUCAGUAUCAAUUUAAUGUUACUGCGAAACUCUAAUUUUAUACUUACAGUAGUUUGGGAGAUUGGUCCAUAUAAAUGCUAUUUUUACAUAUUCCAGUGUUAUUUUCCAUUUGAGUUUAACUGUAGUACAAACAUGAUGUGCCAGAUAACUGUAUUGUACAUUUAGUACAUUGCCUCUGUGAGUGGUUUUAUUGCUUUUAUGUAAAUAUUAAAGCUCCCAUGGAAUGCACCUGGACAUAAUGUAACAAUGGCCCUGUGUACUGGAUGUUCCUGUUUUAUACAAUAUGUGUAUUUGUGUUGUGCCCAGUGUCGGACUGGCCCACU